CAACACUGGACUUUCCUGAUUGUAUGGUUUGAUGGGUUGGUGGGUCGGUUUCAGAAUGAGAAAUGGAGGGUGACACAGGCUUGAUAAGUAUGUUUAAAUCGUUGUAUUAAGGGUGUUUAUCUGUUUUAGGCUUAAUUUACUGGCCAAAAUUUUGUUGGAAUAUGAGAUGGUAGUUGUGGUAUUGUGUUAAAAUUCUGAAUACUUGAAGCUUUGCUGAGAGAUAAUGGUCUAAGGGGAAGUAAGUGUCCCAAAGGCUUAUUCUUUUUUAGGGAUGAAAGAGUAUCAGUUUAGAUGCCCAGAUACUUUACCUGGUAGUGAUCCUUCUAUUGGAAGGAGAAUUUCAUGGGGUGAUAACCAUUGGAAUUCCAAAACUGUAUUGCUUCAUGGGUGGAAGAAUGAUCCUGCAAAAUAUAAUGCUUCUAAGGGAGUUUAUGUGGGGAAGAAAAAUUUGUGGCUUAGAAAGCAUGUGAAAUUGAUUGCUUUCAUGUUGGGGUUGAUGGGUUUUAUUCUAUUGAUUGAUUCUCUCUUGAUGUCCAUUUUUGAUUUGCGAAAUUUUCAGCAUCACUUAGCCCAAAGAAAAUCAACUGGACUCAAGGAGGAAGAUAGAGAUGCCUACAUCAAUGAAGAAAAAUCACCAGUGAUGUAUGACCGGCUUCUAAACUUAGCAUCCAGUGCUCUUGCUGAGAAAGAGUUUAAGCAAGAGUCAUCAAGGUUCUUGGAGGAACCAUAUCAGCAGGCCUCUGCAUGGAAACCAUGCUCUGACAGAAAAGUUCCAACGAAUAUGGGGAAAUUUGACAAAAAUAAUGGCUACAUAUUAAUCAGUGCAAAUGGUGGUCUCAAUCAACAACGAGUUGCUAUUUGUAAUGCUGUUGCCGUGGCAUCUCUUCUUAAUGCCACUCUAGUUCUUCCAAGAUUUCUUUAUAGCAAUGUUUGGAAGGAUCCCAGCCAGUUUGGUGAUAUUUAUCAAGAGGAGUAUUUUAUGAGUACCCUGAAGGAUGAUGUCAACAUUGUUAAGGAUCUCCCUCCUCAUCUGAGUUCACUUGACUUUGAAGCACUUGGUAGCCUGAUUACUGAUGCAGAUAUUGUGAAGGAGGCAAAGCCUGUUGAUUACAUUAAAAGUGUACUUCCUCCUCUCUUAAAAAAUGGAGUUGUUCACUUUCUUGGAUUUGGAAAUCGACUGGGCUUUGAUCCGUUGCCUUCUAAUCUUCAGAAACUAAGAUGCAAAUGCAACUUCCAUGCUUUGAAGUUUGUACCAAAAAUUCAACAAACUGGAUCAUUGUUGGUUAGAAGGAUAAGAAAAUAUGAUGCUGCCCGGAGAAUGUUGGACAAGCAAUUGCUUGGAAACUUCGUGCCCAAAAAUUCCUCAAACAAGCAGGAUACUUCUGGAGGCCCAUCCAAAUACCUUGCUUUACACUUGAGAUUUGAAGUGGAUAUGGUGGCCUACUCCCUAUGUGAAUUUGGGGGUGGAGAAAAUGAGAAAAAGGAUCUUCAAGCCUACAGAGAAACCCAUUUUCCUUUACUUAUUGAGCGCUUAAAGAACUCAAGCCCUAUUUCUCCUACAAAGUUGAGAAAGUUGGGAAGAUGUCCAUUGACACCAGAAGAAGCAGCACUAGUUCUAGCUGGACUUGGUUUUAAGCGUGGAACUUACAUUUAUUUGGCAGGACACCAUAUCUAUGGAGGAGAAUCCAGGAUGCUUCCCUUCACCAGCCUCUAUCCCAACUUGGUCACAAAGGAGAGUCUCCUCACAUCUGAUGAACUUGCACAAUUUAGAAAUUUCUCUUCUCAGCUGGCUGCAUUGGACUUUAUUGCAUGUGCAACUGCUGAUGUCUUUGCCAUUACUGACUCUGGAAGCCAACUUUCAUCCCUUGUAUCUGGGUUUCGGACUUAUUAUGGUGAUGGCCACGCCCCUACCUUGCGGCCUAACAAGAAGAGGCUGGCAGCAAUUUUGUCAGAGAAUAGCACCAUUGGGUGGAACGGUUUUGAAGAUAGAGUGAAAAAGAUGAUUGAGGAAGGUCAAAGGGUGCGUGCAAGGGGCUUUGGUCGAAGCAUUUAUCGUCAGCCUAGGUGCCCAGAAUGCAUGUGCAAAGAAGCUCGUUAGCACAUCUCAUGCUGAUAACUGGUUUGAGUCUCUUUAAAUCCUUUGUUAUUUUUCUCAUCUGUGUCCAACAUAGUCGAGUAUUUCAAGUGACUUCACAGAUUGUAAAAAUCUCCAUUCGAUUUGUUCAAUAACCUUUGAAAAUUGUAAUUUAUAUAGCCAAAUUCGUUUUUUUUUUUCCCCUUUUUCUUUGUUAAAUCUUUGACCAUGGGUGGCUGAGAAGGUUUCCCAAGAUAACAUGUAUAAGUCAUUUAAUUAAAUGUUUUUGAUUAAUAGUCAUUUAAUUAAAUGUUGUAUCUAUACCA